GAGGAGUAUCUCUAUAAUUUAAUUUUGUUUAAAAAAAAAAAAACAUGGCUUGAUAAGAGUUUACGAAAAAAAGGUAAAGCUUUAAAUAAACCUAGCUCACUUCAAUCACAACCACCAUAUAAUUUGAUGAAUUUCCUUGCCAGUCGAAAUGAUGAUGCAUUCCUUCCGGGCGUGUGUGCGCUUGCGCCAGAGAGAGAUUGGUCUCGACCUAUACGUCAUCACUAAUAGCCCCACCCAAUACAGGAAAGAAGAAUAUUCGCUCGGUGAGCGGCGACCCAACAGAGGAACGCUGCUGAAAACGAACGUCUCCCUCCCGCUGAGGACUGUGUCUGGCGGCGGAGAAAGUUUUCGCUGUGACGGGAGUGGCAGCUGUCACUGAGGCUCUGUUGUUGACGAGAGAGAGAGAGAGAGAGAGACUAAAGCUAACGGUCGAUAAGCUGAGCCCCGCCGCUUGGUCGUCUCUUUCCUUCUGGUGGCUUCCGACCACCUGUCAGACCCAGAGCAUGUCAAAGGAGGCGGACCGCCUUGAGGGUGUAGGAGACGAGGAGUCGAAGGAGGAGGGGAAGGAGAGGAGGCCGGAUGCCCCCGAGGCGACUACUCUGAGCCCCCGUAGAGGGGACGCCCCUCAAGCCAGCCCCCCCCGGUUGGUCUCCGUGGAGGAGCUGAUGGAGACGGCGAAAGGAGUCACCAACAUGGCUUUGGCCCACGAAUUAAUGGUCAACCAGGAUUUUCAAGUCAAACCUGCGGUGCUUCCCGAGGGGAGCUUGGAGCGCCAAGUGAAGGAGAUAAUGCACAAAGCAUUCUGGGAUUGCUUGGAAGACCAGUUGAUGGAGGAGCCGCAGACGUACGGACACGCCAUCAAGCUGCUGGCGGAGAUCAGAGAGACCCUGCUGUCCUUCCUGCUGCCGGGCCACGGCCGCCUGCGCUCCCGCAUCGAGGAGGUCCUGGACCUGCCCCUGAUCCAGCAGCAGGCGGAGAACGGCGCGCUCGACAUCGGCGCGCUGUCGCAGUUCAUCGUCGGGAUGAUGGGCUCGCUGUGUGCCCCCGCAAGAGACGGGGACAUCGGCAAGCUGAAGGAGAUCCCCAACAUGGUGCCCCUGCUCAAGGCUAUAUUCUCCGUGCUGGAUCUGAUGAAGGUAGACAUGGCGAACUUCGCCCUGACCAGCAUCCGGCCUCACCUCAUGCAGCAGUCGGUCGAGUACGAGAGGAGCAAGUUUCAGGGUUUUUUGGAGAAACACCCCAACGCCUUAGACUUCACCGAGAAGUGGCUCGAGGACGUGGUGAGGCGCCUGAGGGAGGACGCUUCCUGCGGCGCUGCGGCGGCCGACCCUCCCUCCCUCCUCGCCGUCAACGUCCACGACUGCGCCUAUCUCCGCCUGCUGAGCUGGGACCACGCCUCCGACCCCUUCCCCGAGACGGUGUUGAUGGAUCAGGCCCGGUUCCAGGAGAUGCACUGGGAGGAGGAGCAGCUGGUCGUGCUCUCCUCCGUGCUGCUCAUCGUCUACACCACCACGGGGGAGGCGAUCUCGGGCCUCCCGGGGUUGAUGGAGACGCUCAAGGGCGUCGUCAACGCCAUGCUCGCGGACAUGCACGCACCGUCUUUCAGUCUUCAGGAGGCCUUGGCGACCAUCGGAGAGAAACUGUGUGUGGAGCUGAGUCAGUGUCUGAGCCAGCACGGCUACUCGCCAUUCGCGGCCGACCGAAAGGGCCCUCUGAGGGGACAAAUCUCAGCCAUCAUGCAGCCGGACAACACCGUCCGCAAGCUGAUGGAGUCCCGGGUUCAGAACUACCUGCUGGCCUCCCUGAAGUCCACUCAGCAUAAGACUCCGCCCCCUCUCCCAGGAGGCCUGGCCCCGGUCGCCAGGGAGGUGAAGGAGCUCGCCGUUCGCUUCAGUCGCCUCGUCAACUUCAACAAGCUGGUCUUCUCCCCGUUCUACCAGAAGAUUCUCCAGAAACUAUUGACAGCCGGAGAGAGUCCCAGCGCAGGGACGUAAGCCCCGCCCCCCAAUAAUAGUAAGAGUUUAGAUUUAGAGAAACGGGUCGAGGAUGCUGGUCUGUCCCCGUUGCUUUCACCUUCAACCAGGAAAAUAAAAACAAAACCUGCUCGCGACCAUCUCAGUUGCAUUAACUCGCAGCGUUGCUGAUAUGAUCAAACCUCAGGCUUCAUCACCUCAUCUGGCCGUGACGUGUUCAGUAUUGCUAUAAUAUCUGCUUGAUAUCCAAGCCAAUGCAAUACCUGUGUGUUCUAGAACCAAUACUAAAACAGGACCAGGUGUUAUUGUCACCUUACUUUGCAGCGUAUAUUAACACAUUUCUUUCGACACCAAAAAAACAAACAAACUAUGGCUAGGUAGAAUAUAAAAUUAACAAAACUACAAUUUUAAAUAUCAGUUCAACAAGACAAAAAGAUCAGGGCCUUUAUUCAUAGAGUGUCUCGGUCCUCACGAGCCAACUGUUCUCAGGGUGAUGUAUUUUUAGCCCUGCUGCGUUCAGGCCCAACAGUAUUUCAAUCUUUUUUUUACUGAGAUCCAAUCUAUUUCAAAGAGGCUCCAUACGAGAGUGGGUGCAUUUUUUAUCGCCGGACAGUGCUAUGAGUGCUAACAGUGCUAUGAGAGCUAACAGUGCUAUGAGUGCUAACAGUGCUAUGAGUGCUAACAGUGCUAUUAGAUCUAACAGCGCUAUGAGUCCUAACAGCGCUAUGAGUGCUAACAGUGCUAUUAGAUCUAACAGCGCUAUGAGUCCUAACAGCGCUAUGAGUGCUAACAGUGCUAUUAGAUCUAACAGCGCUAUGAGUGCUAACAGUGCUAAUCAUGCUAACAGCGCUCGGCCUAUGAGUGCUAAUCAUGCUAACAGUGCUAUGAGAGCUAACCGUACUAUUAGUGCUAACAGUGCUAACAUUGCUAGGAGUCCUAACUGCGCUAGGAGUGCUACCAGCACUAGGAGUCCUAGCAUUGCUAGGAGUGCUAAGAAUGCUAACAGUGCUAUGAUAGCUAACAGUGCUAGGAGUCCUAACAUCGCAAGGAGUGCUAACAGCACUAGGAGUCUUAACAUUGCUAUGCGUGCUAACAGUGCUAUGAGUUCCAACAGUGCUAGGAGUCCAUUCCAUGAGAGGGGAGCAUCCUUGUUGACAUUUUAGCUCACUGGGGGGAUAGCUCCACAUUUGGGGAAAUGCGCUGGCUUCUCUCGGUGAGAAGAUCGGCCAGCUGACUUUGCACAACGACUGGGAGCGGGAAAACAGGAAGUGUCCCUCAGUCCAAAGUCCACUGAAGUGCAGACACUACAACCUACUACUACAGGCUUAAUAAAAACUAUUCUCUAUCUUGUAAGAGGCCCCUAGGCUGAAAAAAAUAAAUUGGGAACCUCCAAACCCUGGUUACCAUGUUACCAUGCUGACCGCAGCGGCCUGGGUUCAAAUCCGACAUGUGGCCUUUUGCAUUUUGUCAUCUCCUCUUUCCCCCUCGUCUGAAACAUCGAAUAAAAGGCACGAAAUAAGAACUCGCUUGAAUCUAUGCCCGACGAGUACGACCUUGAGCUCUCCUCCGUAAGCAAGAGAUGAGUCAUUUCCUGGUUCGAGAGCACCGAUAAAGUGCUGUUUUUUUAGGGCCGUGCUACUGACACGGUUUUAUCGAUUUGAGAGCACAAGAGCGUAAACCCAUCAGAUGACGGCGGGUCGCCUUCUCCAGUGGUAACAAAGACCCGAUGCCACUUCAGAUCGACUUGGUGAAAGUAAUGUUAGAAAUGUUUGGGAAAUGCAUUUGUUACAGUGUUUGAGAAAAAUAGAUAAAUCAUACCACUCAAUUUAUGUUGAAAUGUAAAUGCCUGCUUGAGGGCCGAGACCAUGCAGUAUUUAAAAUGACCACACUGAAUAAAUCCAUCUAGGAUUUAACAGAUUCCUCGUGUAACAAGAAUCUGUGACCUUUUUCUUUUUUUCCUUUUUAGAUUUUUUUGUAUUUUGCAUUUCACACUAUGUUAGGAAAAAAAAGAAAGUAAUCAAAAAGAACUGACAAGUCUUGAAGGGAAGCCAGAAUGCUGUCAUCGAACUGUUCCUUUUAAUUAUCUCGUUCGUACUAUUUCUGAUGGUUAAUAUGAUGUUAAGAGUCCUUACGUUUGGCAAACACGUUCACUAAUGUGCGUGUAGAACAAAAAAUAAGUACACACGCGAAAAAUUCUGUCGUAACGGAUUACAAGUCAUCAGAAAAGAGUUAUCGAACAUUACCAUAUAUAUAUAUUAUAUGUAUAUAUAUUAGAAAAAGAUUGAAUGUAUGUGGUUACGUCGCACCAUAUAUAUAUAUAUAUAUAUAUAUGGUGCGACGUAACCACAUGUAUCCAAUCUUUUUUUUUGAGUGGUGGUUUCCAUAAAGUAGGACGGCCGACUUUUAAUUAGGACAUUAAUAGAUUGUUAAGUUAUUUCAUACUCUUGCAGUUCUCUUGCCUUUACAAAUUUUUUUUAUCGAAGGGCGUGAAAAAAAUUUGUUCACAGUGAGAAUCCCAGACUUCUGCUCCCCUAUUGUUUGUUUUUAUAAGACCUGUUGCUUUUUUAUAAUAUUAUACACAUCAUACACUUGUUGUCCCGCAUUGUUGCCCUUCCAGGCAGAAUGCCUGUUGCCCAUAUUCCUCUAAUAAAUAAUAAUAAUGCCUUGUCAUACCAAUCGCACUGAUAUUUGUCUUUUUAAUGUCAUUCCAACAUGCCAAUAAAGCAUUGUUUGCCCCACA